AUGGGCCGAGGCCAGAGAGCAUCAAGCAAAGGUGUUGGGUCGACUGAGGUGAGGCAGCCUGCUUUGGUCUGUGCUGCUCGUCGCCAUGAGGAUAGAGAUGCACCAGACAUCAUUACGAGUACUUUUUUAAUAUUUAAUGUACCUUAUCUUGCAUUGAUAGACCUAGGCUCUACACACUCAUAUAUAGCUAGUUCUGUGUCUGAGAUUUUGGGGAUUCCGGUCGAGGGUACUGAUAGUGAGGUAACUGUGUUAAGUCCUUUGGGGCAAUCUGUUUGGGUUAGUAGAGUGUAUAAAGAUGUUCCACUGGAGGUUCAAGGGAAAAAGUUUCUAGUUGAUCUAAUGGAGCUUCCGUUUGGGGAGUUCGAUUUGAUUCUGGGGAUGGACUGGCUGGUUAAACACCGGGUGAGUCUGAAUUGUGUGAUGAAAAGGGUUGUCUUGAGGACCAAGGAGGACAAUGAGGUAGUCAUGAUUGGGGAACGACUUAAGGAUAUCAGAACCGUGAGGGACUUUCCAGAUGUAUUUCUUGAGGAACUACCAGGGUUGCCUCCGAGCCGUAAGGUGGAGUUUGGGAUUAAGUUGAUUCCUGGUAUAGCUCCGUCGUCUAUCGCCCCUUUCUAA